AUGCAGAUAACCGCGGUCCGCUGCCCGCGGUGCCUCCUGACGGUCUACACGACCAUAUCAAACCCCAACCAGCCCGUCACGAGACCCCCCGCCCCGCGGGUCUUCACCGUCGCGCCCCUCGCCGACGACGACCUCCGCUUCUACAACUGCCCCAUGGACGUCUGCGAGUACCACGUCCGGGACACCACCACGCGCCCGGCCCCCGUCGUCAACCUGUACCGCAACUCGUGGGCCCCCGGCGGCGGGGGCGGCCCGAUGUGCAUCACCCCGGGGCUGACCGUGGCGCCGCGGACCGCCGACACGAGGCCGCUGCGGGGCGCGGACGAGGUCGCCGCGCUGGCGAUCGGGGUUGGUGACGGGGAUGCGGCCACGGCUACUACUACUACUACUCCUCCUCCUGUCAGCACGAUAUUGUGCAAGCUGCCCACGACUCCCACUCCAGCUGCUGCCACCACCAAGACCGCAGGCGACGGCGACAAGGCCAGGCCUGUCUCUGGUGUGAUUCCGUGGCGCGCCGGCCCCGUGCCGCAGCCUACUGCUCCUACUACCACUACUACUCCCACUACUCCCACGACCACCGGCAUCGUCGAGCGACCCGCCGCCGUCGCCACCACGACCACCAAGCGACCCCGGUCAGAGGAGCGGCCUCCCACCACCCCCGUCGCCUCCACUUGCGUCAAGAGACCUGCCCCUCCUCCCCUGGACCCGAAGCCGAAGCCCUUCACCACCGCGAGGCUCGUCGCCCCGGCGCAGACGCCGCAGGCCCAGACCCAGGGCACCGCCGCCACGCCGCAGCAGGGGAACCACGGCCAGGUCUCGCUGCAGUUCGGGCGGGACGAGGCGGGCGGUGUUGUUGUUGUUGUGCCGCCCGUGGCUGAUAUUCCCCGCCCCACACUGGCGCCGCAGCCCUUCAAGGACGAGGAGCCCACGAAGCCCGAGAUGCCCACGACCCCGAGCCCGAUAAGGCAGCUCAGGCCCAAGCCCGCGGCCGAGACCGAGACGCCCGCGCCCGCCCCUGCGCCCGUGACUAAGGAGCGAGUGGCUCACAAGGCGGACGGGAAGAACGAGGCCAAGAAGAAGGGGGCGGCGAGCAGUAGCCCAGCAGCAGCGGCUGACAGCACCCCCACGGGGCUCGUCGCCUCGGGGACCAAGUGGAGCGACGCCGAGGUGGACAAGCUCAGGGGCCUCACAGGGCGGGGCCUGCGCCAGGCCGACAUCGCCACUGAGAUGAACCGCAGCCUGCUGAGCGUCAAGUACAAGAUCGCCGAGGUCCGCAAGACCGAUAGGAUGGCCAGGGGGCAGACGGAUCCGAACUGA